GGGCGGCGAUGCCGGAGCGCUUCGGGCUCGGGGGUGCCCGUGCUGGCCGGGGCGGGGGGCGAGGGGCGCAUGGCGUCCUCCCGCCGCCUCCUGCUCAGCACCAUGAAGCAGAUCUGCCUUUGUGCCGCCGCCUCCUUCGCGAGCCAGGACUGGACCAAGAACGACGAGAAGCUGCUGCAGGCCGUGGACUACAACGAUGCCGGGCGGGUCACGUCGCUCCUGCUGCGCAAGGGCCUGGUGCCCACCAAGCUGGACUCGGAGGGCAAAUCUGCGUUCCACCUGGCCGCCACACGGGGCAAUGUGGACUGCCUGGAAGCAAUGCUGGCCCACGGUGUGGAUGCCAUGACCAAGGACAGCUCAGGUUACACUGCCCUGCACUUGGCCUCCAAGCACGGCCACCCUCAGUGUGUCAGCAAACUGCUGCAGGCCUCCUGCCCCGUGGACGUGGCCGAUGGCAGCGGCCGGACCGCGCUGCACCUGGCGGCUGCCAGCGGCUGCAUCUCCUGCUCCGAGAUCCUCUGUGACUUCAAGGCUCCCCUGAACAGCAAGGACAAGGACGGCUCCACGCCGCUGAUCCUGGCUGCCAAGAUGAGCCACCCGGAGCUGUGCCGGUACCUCCUGCACCGCGGCGCCGCCGUCAAUUGCCGGGACCUGCAGGGCAGGACAGCGCUGAUGCUGGCCUGCGAGAGCGGCAGCGUGGACACCGUGGAGGUUCUGGUCAGCGCCGGGGCCCGCGUGGGCGUGGUGGACGCCACCGGCCACGACGCCGCUCACUACGGGCUGGCCACGGGCAACGCUCUCAUCCAGCACCUCCUGCAGGAGGCGGCCCAGCGCCGCUCCUGGGCCAGCGAAGAGGAGUCAACCGAGCAGACGUCGCAGACGUCUUCGCCCAGCCAGUCGUCGGUCAGGGAGAAGAGCAGCACCCCGAGGAAGAGGAAGGCUCCUCUGCCUCCCCUGGGCACCUCCAGCCAGGAGGACAGGGACGCCUACGAGGAGAUCGUGCGGCUGCGGCAGGAGAGAGCCCAGUUCCUGCAGAAGAUCCGGGGCCUGGAGCAGCAGGAGAAGCAGAGACGGGAGCGGGCGGAGCUGGAUGAGGCCUCCCUGCGCUCCCUGGAGAAGCAGAUCAAGGAGCUGGAGGAGCGGCUGGCGGCACGGGACGGGGAGAAGGAGAAGCUGGGCAAGGAGGUGGAGACUCUGCGGAGCCGCCUGUCCUCCAUGGAGAAUGAGAAGGAGAACACGAGCUACGACAUCGAGACACUGCAGGACGAGGAGGGAGAACCACUCGAGUUCCCAGGAGCAGAGAUGCUGCUCUCCAAGAAGACGCUGAGCCCCUCGGCCGAGGAGCUGCUGGCCACGCUCCAGGGGCAGGUGCAGUCCCUGACCGUGCAGAACAAGGAGCUGAGGGAGAAAAUCCAGGUGCUGGAGAACUACGAGCGGGACGAGAGCAGCUCCGCCGGGCCGGGGGCCGUGGUGCCCGUCAGUCAGUACCAGGCCCUGCAGCGGGAGCUGGAGCGGCUGCGGGCGCAGGGCAGCGCCGGGGGGGCCGCGGAGCCCAGCGCUGCCGGGGAGCCCGCCUGGGCCUGGGGCGAGUGCAGGGCCGCGCUGGGCGAGCUGGGCGUGCAGACAUCCCCCUCCUCCUCGCCCUGCGGCCAGCGGGAGCCGGGCGCGGAGCUGGCGGAGGCGCGGGCGGCUCUGGAACGGGCGCAGAGCGAGCUGGAGGAGCGGGAGCGGCGGCUGCGGGAGCUGCAGGCCCGGCUGGAGGCGGCGGAGGCCGCGGGCUCGCGGGGAGAUCCCGCGGAGGAGAAGGAAGCGCUGCGGGAGCGCUGCGGGCGCGCCGAGGCCGAGGCCCAGGCGCUGCGGCGGGAGCUGGAGGCGAGGCCGCGGGAGGCCGAGGCGCGGCUGGCGGAGCUGCGGGCAGCGCUGGCGCGCAGCGAGGCCGAGCUGGGCGCCGCGCGGGAGCGGCUGCGGCAGCACGAGCAGGAGGCGCCGGCGUGGCCGCAGCGGGCGCGGGCCGAGGGCUGGGUGCCGCGGGACGAGCACGCCGGCGCCACGGCCGCGCUGCAGGAGCAGGCGCGGGCGCUGCGGGAGCGCCUGGCGCAGCUGGAGGCCGCGGCCGACGGGCAGGCCCGCGAGGCAGCCCGGCUGCGGGCGGAGCUGGCGGCCGCCGUGCCCAGGGCGCAGCACGAGGCGGCCGAGGCCGCGCUGCGGGCGGAGGCGGCGGCGCUGGCGCAGCGGCUGCAGGAGCUGGAGCGGCGGCACGAGAAGACGUGCGAGGAGGUUUUCCGCGUGCAGAGACAGGCGCUGUUCAUGAAGAGCGAGCGGCAGGCGGCCGAGGACAGGCUGGGCGCGGCGCAGAAGCAGCUGGAGCAGGCGCAGGACGAGGCGCGGCGGCUGCGGGAGCUGCACGGCCACGCCGAGGACGCGGCACGGCUGGUCAGGGACAGGGACAGGAAGAUCACGGAGCUCUCCAAGGAGGUUUUCAGGCUGAAAGAAGCUCUGAACGCCCUCCCCGAGUCGGGGGCGCCCCCACAAUCCCCGCCCAACACGGCCGCGCUCCAGGCCCGGGUCCGGGCGCUGGAGGAGAAGCUGGAGGAGACAGAGACGAGGCACAGCAAGGUGGUGACGCUGUACCGGAGCCACCUGCUCUAUGCCGUGCAGGGCCACAUGGACGAGGACGUGCAGAGACUCCUGUGCCAGAUCCUGAGGAUGCAGCGGCUGCAGGAGCAGGGCAGAUGAGCCCCUGCCAGCACGGGUGGCACAGGGAGUGGGGACAGGUCUGUCACAGCACCCUGUGUGUCCCUUUGCUUGUCCGGGCACGCAGCCCACCCCAGCACAGCAGCAAUAAAGUUAUUUAUAGUCA